CUUAUGGCCAUGGAUGAUGUUUUGAGCCUUCAAGCAGAAUUUUUGAUUCUAUUUCUUUGGUAUGUGAUUUCGGAUUUAGUUCGUCACCUUCAACAAAAGGAAUACUCAGUUCUUGAGAAAUUAGCUUUUCAAAAAAAGUUUUGCCAUAUUUGCAUGGGCCCUUUAUAA